AUGUUUCGAUCAUUGAGAAUACCAUUAGUAAAAUAUUCAUCAACCAACAACCGACUUUCAGCUUUCCAUGUUCGAUGCGAGUUACCAUCGAAAACUGCUGCUCAAACCGUGCACAGGCGGGCUGAAAUUACUUUCCAAAAUCGUUUCCAGGAGUAUGAUCUUGUUGAGUCAGUGAGAAGCAAAUAUGUGGGAUCUCCAUAUACAGAACAAGCCAACAAGCUAAAGGCAGAAGUAAGGAUGAUGUUAAAGAAGGCAUCAACACCUUUGGAUCAACUUGAGCUAGUUGAUACCUUAGGGAGACUGGGGCUAGCUUACCUUUUCAAUGACGAAAUAAAGAGCAUAUUGAAGAGCCUAUUCCAUUACAAUAAUCAUAUAGAAGAUACAAAGCCUGAAGAAGACUUGUAUGCUACUGCUCUUGAAUUUAGAAUCCUAAGACAGCAUGGGUAUAAUGUAUCUGCAGAGGUUUUCAAUCGUUUCAAGGAUGAAAAAGGUGGAAACUUCUGGCCACAUCUUUCUGAUGAUGUUGAGGGACUGCUCUAUCUUUAUGAAGCCUCGUACUUCUCGGUACAAGGUGAAAGUACACUUGAUGAUGCGAGAGGUUUCACUACAAAAUCCCUCGAAAAGUAUGUCAAGCAAUGCAACAGUACCGAAUAUCUUUCUAAGCUAGUGAGCCAUGCACUAGAGACUCCACUGGCUUGGAGGCUGCCGAAAAUGGAAGCUUCUUGGUUCAUCUAUACAUAUCAGAGCAAAGACGAUAAGAAACCUAUUUUGCUUGAGCUCGCUAAGUUGGAUUUCAACAUGGUUCAAGCAAUAUACCAGAAAGAUGUAAAACAUGCGUUUAAGUAA